UUAUUUCUUUGUUAAUCAAAAUAAGAAGAAGACCUUUCGUAUUCCAAAACGCAAAAAUAAAAAAUUAAUAAAUAAAUAAAUAAGCAAAUAUUAUUUGUUUCUCUCUAUAUAGCAAUUUGAUCGUCCAGUUUCUAUGUACCUUUCUUACUAAUGUAAUGAAUGUUGAAAUAUGGAUUCGAUAAAGAGCAUAUCAUUAGGAUUUUUAUAUGGCUUAUGGGACAGUAUAAAGGGCAUGAGUCUUGUUUUUUACAUUGAUGCUGAGAUUCACAGGUUAAAUGCAGAAAAAGAGUCUGAGCGUCAACAUCGCUUGCAAGAAUGCCAACGUAUGAUGCGUCGUAGCCCAUCGCCGAUUCCUUCAUCAGCGUCUGCCAUGUACGAGGAAGAGUGCGCUCGUGUAAUAGCAGCCAGGGACGACAACCCAGAUGAACGACGUUUAGACAAUUUGCCUAAAAAACAGAAAGCAGAGGCAUCAAUACCUUUUAAACAAAAGAAAAUAGCGAAAAAGGUUUUAAAAUCAUGUGCCCUAAAUGGUGGCUUUACCUGGAUGAGCAUUAUUUUAUUUGAGCGCAUUCUUCUGCCUACAUUGAAGUUCAUUUUAACCCUGUGUUAUGGUGACAAGUCACAGGAUCUACACAUGAUUUGGGGCUGGCUUCAAUCAAUCCUCUCAAUAAUUUUUGGCAUGAUGUGGGUUUUGCCAAUCUUUCUCUUAAGCAAAAUUGUGUCAUCGCUUUGGUUUGCUGACAUUGCCAACGAAGCAUACAAAGUUCGAAAAGGCAAACCUAAUCUUAUACCUAGCAUAAGUAAAUUGGUGGCGGAUUUCCUUUUUAAUUUGGUCGUACAGGCACUGUUCUUAAUUCAAAGUAUGCUAGUUAAUUUGUUACCAAUACCCUAUAUCGGCGGAUUUUUAUGUUUCAUACAUCUCUGUCUGCUCUAUUCGUUGUAUUCCUUUGAAUACAAAUGGUUCAAUAUGGGCUGGGAGUUGCAUAGACGUCUUAACUACAUUGAAAUUAACUGGCCAUAUUUUCUUGGAUUCGGAGUACCCCUAACUGUACUUACCAAUAUGUCAUCAUCGAUAAUUGUGAGCAGUUGUAUAUUUUCUAUAUUUUUCCCUUUAUUCAUUUUGAGCGGUAAUGAGGCUAAGCCCAUUGUUGGAACAACUGAGACACCUUUACGUCUAUUUUCACCUGUAAUAUUUGUUUCGAACAUAAUUUUCGGGGGACGCAAGGUUCCAAAAAUAACUGCCAAUGUUAAAAACGCACAAACAAAGCACACCGUGUCUCAAUACCAACAACGACCACAACACCAACAAUCACACCGUCGACAUCCUCAGCAAGCAGAAGAGUCAACCAAGCACAGGUUAGCAGACAUACGUAGUCAACAACCGCAAUUUCGUUACCCUCAGCCUCCAUCACGUAUCAGUCCAGCUCGUUUAACGCCCACUCCCGAGCGUCAGAUUAGGUAUGCCGAUGGCAGCCGCAUUCUCUUACCAACACCUGCUCCCGGAGUUGCGGCAACCGUUUCAACCAAAAGCCAACGUAGGUAACUCUGAAGGUAAUGCUGACCACAAUCCAUUGUGCACGACUGAGUAUCAAAAACAACAAUAAUAAAGAAUUUGCUGUGCUUUCAACAUUUUUUAGCUAGAACUUUUUUGUAUAUACUUUUAAGAGCAUGAUUUCAUUUGGUAAAUUUUAAUUUAUUUUUGAAGAAAUGAAAUUUGAAAAUUAUGACAAAGAUUUUAUGAUUAUUUAUACGCUUAGGGAGAAAUACAAUUUAUUUCUAAAUAUACUAGCAUUAGUAAUCUUUAAAUUUUUUAUAUAUUAAAUAUAAUUUGACGAAGAUAUUUUAUGAGA